AUUAAUUUAAUAAUAUGGACAACUAGUGGCACAGACUUUAAUUCAUAACUCUUUUAAGAAUAAGGACGAUUACAUUUUUCGGAAUGGUCAGCUGUAUUUAAUAUAAUUUUUUUUUCUCGAUGUUUAGGAAGUUACAUUUUUGUUUGAUUGUUUUUUUUUCUGCUGUUGAAGCAGCAGAGAUGAUCUUUGUUUCACACGUUUCAGCGUGAAAGUGCACAAUUGGUUUCCUAGUUUUUGUUUUUUAUCUGGUCUGUCAAACAAGUUACAAGGUCCACGCGAUCAUUUUGUAUAGGUAUUUCACGUUAAACUCGCCUAUUGUAAAUUAUUUCUCUCUCUCUCUGUAGAUUUAAAAAAAAAAACAUUAAGAUAUCACUUUAGUAAGUUUUGUUGAAUUUGUAUAGUGAGCAGGUGCAGCGCUUUAAUAUAAUUAUGGAAUACUUUAUAACUUUUACCAACCAGAGCCAAGGCAGAGACCGCAUAUUCCGAGCCGCUCAGUAUGGAUCUGCCUUGUUUGUUUAUUUAUUGAAAAACAAAUCUGGAAGACAGAAACUGAUCAAAAAGCUACAGAGCCUGGAAUCCAACAUGAGCACAGGAAGGAAGUUGUUCAGACUGGGAAACACUGUCAGUUCGAUCGAUGCAGCCAAACGCACCAUGCAUCUUGAAGACCCAGUGCUGCGUUUGUGCUUGACGGUGGCCAAUUUGAAUCGCUCCCUGUAUUUCUUGUGUGACAACAUACUGUGGGCAAGAAGUAUUGGGCUGGUUACUGACAUGGACAAGGAGAAGUGGAGCAUGCGGGCCUCCCGCUGUUACUUUGUCUCCUUGCUCAUGAACCUGACCCGGGACCUGUACGGAAUCUACCGGGCAAUGGAGCGGGAGGCUCAAGACAAGCAGUAUCGACAGAAGGUGAGCCAGCACUGCAGUGACAGCAGAGAUGUGGCGUGCAUUGCAGUCCUGGAUCUCCAGGCUUUCCUCCUGCUGCUGAUUCACAGCCUGAGACGCAACCCCUCUAUCCUGCUGGACACGGCGAAGAAUGUGUGUGACCUCUUCAUUCCCAUGGACAGGCUCGGCAUUUAUAAAACAAACCCCGAGUGGUGGGCUUGUGUGGACUGAUGUCCUCUAUUUUAGGAAUCCUUGCACUCGUGAAACCAAGCUUCAAACUGAAGCCUUAACAUUGGAAGCAGUGAUUAGGUAUCUUGAAGCUGAAUAUGUACGGUUUGUGAUAUAGCAAAAGUUGCACAGUUAUUAUUGAUAGAUGAUAGAUACAAAGAAGUAGAUGUGAUACCUUUUAUUGGACUAACUAAACAGUAAUUAAUCACAAGCUUUCAAUACCUCAAAGGUCUCUUUCUUGAGGUGAAAGUAGAAAUGAGAGGUUGUAUCACAUCUCCUUCUCUUUGUCUAUCCUCUCUGGAGUGAUAUGGCUACCAUUUCAUCUGUUAAUACCAUACAGCAAAAGGUCUUUCUGUAACGUAACAUACAGUAAACCGCUUGGUUCUUUUUUUAUAGUACUGUGAAACAUUAACCCUAAAUACUAUAGGACAUGCUCUGCUAUAAGCGGGUAUUGUAGGAAAUAAGCAGAACUGUUAUUAUGGUUCGAAGCAGGAAUUUAAAAUGAGGAGAUAUAGAAACUACUGUAUGUUCUAAUAAUGUACUAACAGCAUUGCAAUCUGUGGAAUAUUUAGAUAUAUUCUAUUGGGGGACACUCUGGAAUUUAUAAUGCAUGUUGUAUGUUGGAAAGAAAAUAAUUUGGCCAUCAUGGGCAACAAUGGGAAUAAUUUCGACAGCUGCCCUGGACUGGUGCUAUUGCCAGCCUUGGCUUUGUAUCUUGGGGCUAUUUUACACUGAUAUUCAGCAUGGAAUAUACCUCAGCUGAAUUGCUACCAGGGGUAUUCAAUUGAUUAUCAGACUUUGUUUGCUUUUAUUGUUAAGUUCAGAUUUAACAGGUGUAGUAAUUGCCUUCUUUCAGGGCUGGUCAAACGAUUAGCAUGUGAAAUAAAAUAAUAAUAUAAACAACAGUGUCUAGCAUAGACCUGGACUGGAAUGGUUAACAGGUCUGAUCCAGUACGAAUCUGGUAAUGUAAACGUUCAUUAUUAUUAGUAGUAGUAGUAUUAUGUGUCUGUUUAGGAAAGUGAACAUUGGUAAUUUGUAUUUAAUGCUGUAGAUAUAUUUUAGUGCUAGAUGCACUCUUUGUCUAGUUCAAAGUUAAUUUAAGUCUAAUAUAUAUUUGUAAACAAGAGAAAGCGUUCCUAACAACUUUUGAGUAUAAAUGACCAAUCCUUUUUUUGGUAGUCUUUAGGACAUAAAAAUCUAACUAUGCAAGUAUUUUAAAGUAUGCAAAAUAAACAGUUCUAUCUGAAAAUAGAAUUAUUCUAUAUACUUAUUACACUGUGUAUUCUAUUGAGAGCCUGUGUGGCUAAGAUUCACUGAAAUGUAUGUAUGGUUAGGUGGCGUGGUUGUGAACUAAUAAAGUGUUUUUUCUUGGC